AUGCAGAAACUCACGAGGCAAUGGCGGAAAUCAGCCGGCAAAGUGGAUGGCGACGAUUAUUCUCUUCCUACCCGCGACGAUUCCCGUCCAAUUGACACCCAAGAGCAAGAGGAACUAAUUCGGUCAUUGGAGAAGAGUCAAUCUCAACAGUCUCUUCUGUGGAGAUGUGUGUUCGCUGGACUGCUUUCGUGUUAUGCGAUUUUCCUCAUUUACUCCAUCUAUCAGCAAGCUUAUUCUCCAUGGGAGUUGCGUUAUCAUGCAUACUUCAUGUAUGAGGUUAAUUCAUGGAGCAUUAUAGCUGCAGAGGUAGCAACUGUUUUCAUAUGCUUAUUGGUCAUUAGUGGCUUGAUGCACAUCUCAAGACAUCAUCGCCUUUGCCUCUGGUGCUCUUUUUUCCCCAGUACACUAUUGGCUGUAUACUGGUGGUACCACAUGCUCAGAUUGACAAAGUUUAGGUGGGAUAUCAUUUGGCUUCCUUGGACACCACUCUUUGGAGCUGGAAUGUGCCUUUAUGUGGACCAUUUACUUGAUGAAUCAUCAGAAGAAAUUAGGAAACUUCGUAGAUAUAUGUAUGCGUACAAGGCUUAUUGA